AUGUGCCGGUGGACCAAGUACGAGAUGUCAAACCCUGGAAGGCUACGGGUCCGGAUGGAAUCCAAGGCUUCUGGUGGAAGUACCUCCCAGCAGCUAAGGAACGCCUCAAAGAGUGGUGCCUUAGAGUACUGCACAAGCGUAAGGAAAGGAUCCCGAGGUGGCUCUGCAGAGAGCAGAGUAGUACUGAUCCCGAAAGGAAAAUCAGGGGCCGUAGGUCCCGGAGAUUUUCGGCCUAUAGCAUGUUUGAAUACAUGCUAUAAGGUUCUCACAGCCAUGAUUGCCAAUCUCAGCGUCGCCCUAAGGCGUGGAGUACGGGGAUGCACACAUGCGCACAUACUAGAUCAAACAGUAUGCAGAGAUGCUAUUAAGCAUAAAGCGGAGUUGCACAUGCUUUGGGUGGAUAAGACCAAAGCACUCUGUGCUUUGGUCUUAUCCACCCAAAGCAUGUGUACUUGUGACUCUGUAUCACACGGCGCUGUGCGUUGGACCUUAAAACAAUGGGAUGUGCCGAUGGCCAUCCGAACACUGUUAUAUAAGGUAAUGUCCAAACGAAGCGUCAGGUACUGUGGCUUUCAAUACGGAAAGGCGGUGAAUAGUGCUCCGCUAGACGGCGACACUCUGAGUCCGCUGCUUUUCUGUCUCGCCAUAGCGCCCAUAUCUGGCUCGUUACGCUCGAAUAUUGAGCCAUACCGAACUCGCACUGGCGAUGGAGCCAGAUCUGAAGGUAGGCUUGAAGUGAGCCGUAUAUUCUAUAUGGACGACCUCAAGCGAGUAGCAGAGCAGUUGGGGUUGAAGAUGAAUCCGGGCAAGUGCGCGGUUAAAACACUCAACACCACUGCAGGGGAGCAGACAGGAAUGGGGGAUAUCUCUCUUCUAGGGUCUAACUCCUUCUAUAAAUAUCUGGGCAUGGAACAGGGUGCACUGGUUUCGAUGAGACAGAGUCCAGAAGAAUGCUUGGAAAACCGUUGUACGUAUCAUGAGCAGCGGACUGACAGUCAAUCAGAAGGUUGCAGGAUACAACCAGACGGUGAUUCCCAAAUUAAAUAUGCCAUGUCAUGUGUCAUAUUCGGAGCUGGGCUUUCGUGCUCGCUUCGGAAGCAAGCACGGGCAUUUUACAUACGUGUGAGGAAGCUGUUGGUGGAUACCCAUAUGAGGUUCACUGGCAGCUGCUUUGCAAGACUUUAUGUCAAAGAGAUAGGUGGAUUAGGACUCAAGUCUGCAGAAGAGGAACUAGAUCACUCAAUCGUUUAUACGUGGUGUUACCUAGCCUCCAACCCGGACUUCAUAGUCCCCUAUCAGCUAGCCGAGAGUCUGCGAGCUAGCAAUAAACGGUCACUAACAACGAAUUUUCGAGCCGUAAUUGCAGCCAACGGUCUCCAAGGAAAGGUGACUAGAACGAUAUUAACGUUUAUAGAGGUGAAUGGUCGCAGUUAUGAAACUGCUACCGGUGCCGCGCGAGCCAUUUCCUCUCUUAUACGGGAGCGGUUGGCUGAUACCCACUUAGCAAACUGGAAGGAGAGGCAAGUGGCGAGCAGAGUACUACAGGGCAUGGGAGUUUCACAGCGACUCUGCCCAAAGGAUUCGUUCCUAUGGUCGAGCAAAGGCUGGGUCUCAUCCGAAGUCCUCAGGAAUGUGUGGGCCGUUCAGGAAGGUUCGUUACUCACUAGAGCGAGUGCCUCGCGACGAGCGGAACAGACUCCCGUUAAUUGUCGUAUGGGGUGCCCAAUGAGAGAAACAGCAGAGCACAUAGUGUCCUGCUGCUCCCUAGGCUAUGGCAAGCCCGUUCCCCAGGAUGAUGGGAAGGAUCGUAAAGGGGUGAUUCUCAUUGCUCUUGCACCUCGUUUCCUCUACUAG